AUGACAGGUUCAUGGAAGACGCUUGUGGUCGUGUUUGCGACGGCGAUAUUCGCACUCGCGCCCGCGGUCGGCGCGGUUCAGCCGCUCGUCCUGGCUCCCGCGAAAAUAACUGUCGGGGCGACGGUGGGUCUCCUCGUGAAUGGCGCGGCCACGGCCGGGGGAUUGAAAGCCGACCUGAUGGACUCGGCGGAUAAAGUUAUCGCAUCGGUGACCGCGCCGCCGGGCUCCGGCGACGCGCAGACGGUGCAGCUGGCCGUGCCAUCCAGCGCUCCGCCCGGGUCGGCUCGCAUCAAGAUCUACAAAACGUCAGCCCCGGCGACGGCCUUCGCGACACACGCGGUGACGCUGAUAAAGGCCGAGAACAUGGACGUAUCCGCCCUCAUCAUCGAGACGGACAAGCCCGUGUACAAACCUGGUCAGACGGUCCAGGUGCGGGUGUUGUCGCUCACGUCAAAAGGGCUCAAGCCCAGGUCCGCCAAGGUGACGCUGACGGUGAAGGACCCGAGCGAUUUCAUCGUGUUUCGUCGCGAGCUCGACGCCGACGCGAGCGGGGUGGUGACGGCGAGGAUGCCCACCAGCGUCGAGCCGCCGCUGGGAAAAUAUACAGUCGAGGCCAGCGCGACGGACGGGGACGGAGAUGGGACCGUCUCGGGAUAUGGGUCAUUCACCCUGGACCGAUACGUGCUUCCGUCCUUUCAUGUCGAGAUCAACCCCGACUCAACCGCGGUGUUCCGAGGGCAGGCGAAGAUUGAGGGAGAGGUCAAAGCGAAGUAUACGUACGGCGAGGACAUGUCGGGCACGUAUGACGUUACGGUAUGGCAGCGCGAGGGCGCGAAUAUCGGAUUUGGCGAUGCCAUCAUGGCGAUGCCGGAGCCCGAUGGACGCGAACGUCCGUCUGGCACCGAGUACCGUCUCAUUGCUGAGAAGAAAUCGCAGCCCAUCGUAGACGGUUCCGCGAGGUUCUCUUUGGACGUUUCCGCCGCGAAUAUCAACUUUGGCUGGGGUUGGGGCUCAAACGCGCCGGAGCUCGUCGUCGAGGCCACAGUGAGGGAUGCCGCGACUGGCCGUGUGCAGAAUGGGAGCAUCGCAGUCGCGCCCAAGUACAACGCGUAUGACCUGAACUUGAUUUCCUCCUCUGGGAUGAGCAACGCGAUCAAGCCGGGUCUGCCCAUAGAGCUCACGCUCGAGGCGUCAACACACGACGGAAAGCCGUUCGAGUCCACGUUUCCGAUGAAGGUGACCACGUACAAGAUGGACUGGAGCGACAAGUCCACAGUCGUUUACCAGGUGACGACGAAGCAGGCGAGCGAUGGCAAGAGAGCUGUGGGAAAGUUUACUGUGAACGUGCCCGCGCAGGACCCGCGUUGCUGUUGGGAGAAUGAUUUAACCUCAUACCGUUCGGAGUCGUGCUGCAUUACGUCGGUCGAGGUGAGCAACGACGCCAUGGCAACCUCGUCAAAGUCGAUGGCUGCGUCGGUGGUCUCGUUUGACACGGUAUCAUCCGCUGACAGCCUUGUCCCGACGGUGUCGUGGUCCGGUCGAGUCGCCUCCACAACCUCGUUCGGCGACUACGUCACUACAUCUGGCGUGCCUUCCGACCCCGUCUCGGUCGGCCAGAGUGUCAAAUUUCGCAUCGCGUCGACGUUCACACCGAGCUCGAGUAAGUUUACUUGGGCGGUUCUCUCCGAGUCCAAGGGCGUGGUCGCGACAGGAUUGGCGGCUCAGAAUACCGACGUGCUGUUCCAGGUGACAGAGUCUAUGAAACCCAGUUCGGUCCUACUGGUGUAUUCACCUUGGGAUGGAACGGACACAGAAGAUACCAACGUCGUGGCCUGCGCUAAGAGCUUUGAGGUAUCACCAGCAAGCGCACAUGCGUUUCCGCAGAAUCUCACUGUGUCGCUGAGUUCAGCGGAGGUUCGUCCAGGCGCGAAAGUGACCUUAGAGACGCGUGCGACGGCGGUAGGGUCGAAGGUGUACGUGCUCGCGUACGAUACGGCUGUGGCGAUACAGGCGGGAGGAAUAUCGAGCGCGCUCACGAAGGAUCGCGUCAUUGCCGCAACUUCACCGACAAAAUCUGCCGCCGCCGUUUUUGGUGGUGGCUCCUCUUGUUAUCCCCCAGCCGACAUCGAUUCGAACACGAUCGCCAUGGUGACGAAAAUGAAAACGUCAAAGUGCACCGCGACAGGAGGAGGGAUGAUGCCCCGCGGCGGAGAUGUCAUGUUUGCGAUGGAGGAGGCCAUGGCUAUGGACGCGCCAGCAGUGAUGUCUGGCGUAUCGUCAAAGGCUGGCAACAAAGGGGAUGGCCUGACUGCUGUUACACGUGUGCGCUCUUUCUUCCCGGAAACAUGGGUUUGGGUCGACGUUGACACAGAUGCGGGAACGGGACUUGCUACCCUGCCUGAUUUGGUGGCCCCGGACAGCAUGACGACCUGGCAAUUUGCGGCGUUUUCGACACACCCGACGGAUGGGCUCGCUGUUGCGGACGAGUCCGCCGCUUCUUCGCAGCUCAAGGUGUUCAAGCCCUUCUUCGUCUCUCCCAACCUUCCGUAUUCCGCGAUAAGGGGUGAGGAUCUUGUUGUGCGCGUCGGGGUGUUCAACUAUCUAGAGAGAGCGCUCGACGUGACCGUGGAGAUUGCGUCCAGCCCCGACUUUGAUGUGGUAUCCAGCGGCGGGCCUAACUCUGUCGUCUCAGUCGCCGCGAAGGCCACAGGAACCGCCGCAUUUACCAUCCGUCCUAAGAAACUUGGUGAUGUUGACGUCCAAAUCUCAGGCCGAACGUCUGCGGAUGUGGGCCACGCGGAUGCGGUGAAGCGCUCGGUGAGGAUCGAGCCCGAGGGCUUUCCGCGCGAGGCCACGGCUAACGCCGUGGUCAACCGACCUUCGGGCGGCGCCGUGGAAAGUGUCACCCUGUCAUCUCUGCUCCCCUCCGCAGGGGUGGUGGAGGGCAGCGUGCGGUCUACGUUUGCCGUGGUAGGGGACCUCAUGGGUCCUUCGGUGAACGGUCUGGACCGGCUGGUUCAGGUUCCAUAUGGGUGCGGCGAGCAGAACAUGAUCACCAUGGCGCCAAACGUUGCUGCCAUCUCGUACCUCAACGCAGCCCGCAGGCUCACAUCCGAAUUGAAGCAGCGCGCAGAGGACAACAUCGCCAUGGGUUACCAGCGCGAACUCCAGUACAGGCACUCCAACGGAGCGUUCUCGGCGUUUGGAGAAGGUUCCGGCUCGGACGGUUCGCUCUGGCUCACCGCGUUCGUGGUUCGUGUGUUUUCACAAGCUGCUGAGGUGGGAAACCUCGCAACGGACCCAUCGGUUCUCUCCUCCGCGGCUGAGUUUAUCGCGUCGAAGCAAAGCAGCGAUGGUUCAUUCAAGGAUCCGAGCCCGCCGGUGCACUCGGAGAUGUCUGGCGGGGCAGGCGAGGGCCCUGGUCUCGCCGCUUACUGCCUGUUGGCGAUGGUCGAAGCUGGUCGAUCAGCCGGGAACGUCGAUCAGACCAUCUCUUUCUUGGAGGGGUCCAUUGAUUCCGGUUUCGGUGGUUCGUCAUACGUCGCCGCUAUCUCCGCGCACGCCUUGACACGGGCGUGCGCCAAAAUUGGGAAAGGGUGCGAUCUCGCCACGCGUGCGAGGGCCAAGUUGCUUGAAAUGGCCACGGCGGAUACUGACGGCACAAAACACUGGGGUUCAUCCGGCGCGGUGGUCUCUUCUCCUGUUGCAGAUGCUCGUGUCAUUCCCUACGGCGCCGAGACUAGUACUGAGGUGGAAGCGACUGCGUAUGCCGUGCUCGCUCUGGUGGGUGCUGGCGACACCUCGGGCGCCUAUUCCGGUGCGAGAUGGCUGCUCAUGAGGAGAAACGCGAGAGGCGGUUUCCAGUCGACGCAGGACACCGUGGUUGCGCUCGAGGCGCUCGGAGCGUACGCCGCUGCGACGUUCUCAGAUGUCGCCUCCCUUUCGGUGACACCCGCGACAGUUGGGAAUUUUUCGCCUGGGACUAUCACCAUCGACGAGUCAUCCUUCGAUCUCAUGCAGCGCUUCGACGCGCACGGCGCGACAGAGGUGCUCGCCACUGUUGAGGGAAGCGGCGUCGCGUUGAUGCAGCUGGAAGUCACUUACAACCUCGAGACUGACCCGAACCCUCCUGAAUUCGAGCUCGUCGUACGUGCCAAGGCAACAGCGGUCACUGAGGCUGCGACGCGAAGAAGGCGACGGGGGAGGAGCCUGCUCGGCAACCUGUUUGGAUCAAACGAUGGGGGCGGCGGCGGUGGCGGCGAGGCAGAAACAGUCAGCGCCGACGACGCGAGGGCUACUGAGGUGAAUGCGUGCGUGAAGAGAAUAAGGCCCGGCGUCCCUCUCGGCAUGGUACUCCUCGAUGUCGGACUCUUCACAGGGUUUGCGCCGGACGAAGACUCGUUGGCUGAUAUACGCGUUGAGGGCAAGGGUUAUGUCAACAGAGUCGACGCCGACGACCGAAAAGUUGUCUUCUACCUGGAGAACACGGAUUCGUCGGAGGCAUGCGUGAUAUUCCAGGCCACGAAAAUGCACGAUGUGAAGAACCUUCAAGCCGCCACUUCGACCGUGCAGGCUUACUAUCACCCCGAAAGGAAGGGCACCGCAGUGACGGAUUCGGGUGACAUCGAAGACAUCAGCACAUCGCCUCGGAGGGGCGGUUUGUUUUUAAUCGACGGACGCUCCCCGCUCGAGGUCGUCACGUCGGAUGGUAAAGUCAGCGAGAAGGCGCGCGUAGGUUUUUUCACGUCGCUGCUUGCGUCGAUCCUCUUUUGGGGCUUGGGUUGAGCGCGUGCAGCGGAGAGACGUACGCAGCUAGACUAUUGAAAUGAGUGUUCCUCACUGAAUG